AUGUCUGUGGAGAAAGAGCUCAUCUACCUUCAGCCCAGCAAAGAGGAAUACACCACCGCGCUCACCAUGUUCGCACCUUUAUCCUGCUUCUCUGGCAGGAGCACACAGCGCGACGGCACAUUUGAGAAGUUUAAGAUUCACUCUCUGAAGUAUUUCAACACUGCGUCCUCAAGUCCAAACUUUCCCAGGUUUGUGGCUGUUGGUUUGGUUGAUGACGUUCAGAUGAUUCACUAUGACAACCCAACACAGAGAAAAGCAGAACCCAAACAGGACUGGAUUAAAACGCAAAAUGAUGCAAAGUACUGGGAGAGUGAGACUCAGGGUAUUUGAGUUUCAGCAGUGGUACAAAGUCAGCAUGAAACAGCAAGGCCUUCCAGCCAAACUGGAGGUGUUCACAUUGCCCAGUACAUGUCUGGAUGUGAAUGGGACGAUGAGACUGGAGAAGUUAAAGGUUAUGAGCAGCAUGGUUAUGAUGGAGAAGACUUCAUAUCAUGGGACAUGGAGACAGAGACGUGGAUCGCUCCAACAUCACAGAGUGUCAUCACCAAACUGAAGUGGGAUCAGAAUAAAGCUCUACUCGCUCAGAAUAAGAACUACCUCCUCCAGGAGUGUCCUUUCUGGCUGAAGAAGUACCUGGAGCAGGGGAGGAGCUCUCUGCUGAGAACAGAGCUUCCCAGGAUUUCUCUCCUCCAGAAGUCUCCCUCCUCUCCAGUCAGCUGCCACGCUACAGGUUUCUUCCCCGACAGCGUCAUGUUGUUCUGGAGGAAAGACGGGGAGGAGCUUCAUGAGGACGUGGACCUCGGAGAGGUCCUCCCCAACCAUGACGGGACCUUCCAGAUGAGCGCUGACCUGAAGGUUUCAUCCAUCUCCCCUGAAGACUGGAGGAGGUACGACUGUGUGUUCCAGAUCUCUGGUGUGAAGGAGGACAUCGUCACCAAACUGGACAAAGACUCCGUCGAGUCCAACAGAGGUGAGACUUGAACCAGUGAGGACGCUGGGACACACAUUUCAUCUACAGUAACAGUCCUGCAGG